GAGCGGCUGGUGGGUUCAGACCGCAGACCUUUCAGUUAGCAGCCAAAUGCUUUAACCACUGUGCCACCAGGGCUCCUAAGCUCAAUUUAGGAGGAUUAAUUAAGAAAUCUAUCCAGUGUACUUCUAUAUCCCUGAUCCUUUCUUCCCCCUUAUACUAAUUAUGGUCAAUAUCACUCUCGGAUUGGUGCAGAAUUCUUUAUACAAAGGAGACAGUAAUACCAACCAGGAGAUGUAAAUAGAAUUUUCUUAUAAACCAGCACCUGUGUACUUGGGAGUUUGCCACAUUGUAGCAUACAAGGACUUAAAGAGAGACUCUCACUUAGAUUUUUCUAUAUUUCAGAUACUGGCUCAGCCUCUCCUCUCAGGCUGCAUGAGGAACAACCCCCACCUGAAACUGAGGUGCUAGAAUUUGGAUUGCCUCUCUUACGAGAAGCUGCGUGGGAGCUGUGGCCCAGGGAACAACAGAUAGCCCUGCACCUUGAAUGUGCCUGCUUUCUCCGAGAUUUGGCCUGCCGCUGUGGAAGCUGCCAUGGGGGAGACUUUGUUCCCUUCCACCGUUUUGCCAUCUGUUCUACUAAGCGCUCCAGUGGGACCUCCCGAUUCUGUAGUUACAAAGAUACUGGCUCGGUACUAACACAAGUGAUCACAGACAAAUUGCAGCUGCCUUCUCCCCAAGAUAGUUUUCAGUUCCAGACAAAACCGUUCAGCAGGCAGGAGACCUUCUCAAGUGAUUACUGCAGGACAGAGGAAGAGUUCCUGGAUCGAGUGAACAGGAUGUUGGCUCAGACCAGCCCUGAGAAAGACAUGUUGGCUGCAAAGUCCUGCCACUGUGCAGAAAUUCUGAAGUUAGUGCUCUCACCCCUCACCCAGCACUGCUUGGUCAUUGGAGAAACCACUUGUGCGUUUUAUUACCUGUUAGAGGCUGCUGCUGCCUCCUUGGACCUGGCAGAUAAUUACAUGGUCUGUUUCAACAUGGGACAGAUCACCUUGGCCAAAAAAUUGGCUAGGCAAGCCCUUCGACUGCUGAAAAGGAGUUUCCCUUGGACCUGGUUUGGUGUCCUUUUCCAAACAUUCCUGGAAAAAUAUUGGCAUUCCUGUUUCCUGAGCCAACUGUCAAACAACUCUAGUGAAAAUAAGAAGAAGUUGGCAGUACUGCAGCAACGGUUGCAUUGCCUCUCCCUGCUCUGGCAGCUCUAUAACAUGGAGGCCACAGCCAGCAAUCGCAGGUUUGCCUACCUGGCCACUCUCAUGCAGAAGAAUUCAGCUGAGGAGUUUGCAAACGAAGCUCAGGUUAUCUCUACCUAUGUGGACCUCUCCAAGUACUCACAAAGCAUGGGUGACAGGGAGAAGUGGCUGCACUCUGAGAAGAUGGCCAUUCAGAAGAGCAGCGUAUGUUGGUUCUCCAGGGAGGAAUUGUUGGCCACAGCCCAGCUCAUGCAGGCCUUGGCCUACACCAAACUCUGCCUCGGCCAUCUUGACUUCUCCAUUAGACUGGGUUUUCAAGCCUAUGAGAUAUGCAGACACUUCAAGAAACCAGCUCUGGAGAAUCUGGUUCUGUCAGUUCUCUUCAGAUCUGCAUUUCUGAAGAAGAAGUAUUAAGAUCAUUUUCUGUCAUUUGUAUUU